AACAAACCAAAACCGAACAAGUUUGUUUUUGCAGACAUUAGAGAGAGAGAGAGAGAGAGAGAGAGAGAGAGAUAAUUUAUUGUUAUUAUUAUUGAAAUAGAAGAAAUGGCUAUGGCAAGAGAUAAAAAAGAAGAUGAAGAAGAGGUUGAAAAUCAAAAUCACAAGAAGAGGUUGAAAUGCAUGAGCAAUAAGAUGAUGAAUGAACAAGAAAAGAAAGUAAUAGAUGAAGAAGAAAGUGAGCUUCCAUUGAAACCAGGACUUUUCUUCUACCCAACAACACCAACAUCUUUUGUUGUAGCAGAUGCACUUGAAUCUGAUUUUCCCAUAAUUUAUGUCAACAAGGUUUUUGAAAUCUCCACUGGUUAUCGUGCUCAUGAAGCUCUUGGUCGCAAUUGUCGGUUCUUACAGUAUAGGGAUCCUCGAGCUCAAAGGAGGCACCCUUUGGUGGAUCCUGUUGUUGUGUCUGAGAUUAGAAGAUGUCUUGAGGAAGGUAUUGAGUUUCAAGGUGAACUUCUGAAUUUCAGGAAGGAUGGUACUCCUUUAGUGAACAGACUGAGGCUUGCACCAAUACACGAUGAUGAUGGAAUUGUGACACAUGUGAUAGGUAUUCAAAUCUUUUCCGAGGCAAAUGUAGAUUUGAACCACGUCUCCUAUCCAGUUUUCAGAGAGACUUGCAUUCAAGGUUUUGAUAAAAAUGCUAAACGAUGUACCAAGAGUGGAAAAUCGUUGUACAGUCAGCAGCACAAUGAGACGUGUGGCAUUCUUCAGCUUUCUGAUGAAGUCUUGGCGCACAACAUUUUGUCACGAUUGACACCGAGGGAUGUUGCAUCCAUCGGUUCUGUUUGCAGGAGGAUCCGUCAAUUAACAAAGAAUGAGCAUGUUAGGAAGAUGGUUUGUCAAAACGCGUGGGGCAAAGAAGUGACAGGUACAUUGGAACUGAUGACCAAGAAGUUAGGAUGGGGUCGUCUGACUCGGGAACUCACUACUCUUGAAGCUGUUUGCUGGAAAAAAGUGACGGUCGGAGGUGGAGUGGAGCCUUCACGCUGCAACUUCAGUGCCUGUGCUGCAGGAAAUAGGCUUGUAUUAUUUGGAGGUGAAGGAGUGGACAUGCAGCCUAUGGAUGAUACUUUUGUUCUAAAUCUCGAUGCUAAAUAUCCAGAAUGGGAGAGGGUUAGUGUGAAAUCAUCUCCGCCCGGAAGGUGGGGCCACACGCUCUCGUGCUUAAACAAUUCUUGGCUGGUGGUUUUCGGUGGAUGUGGUAGGGAAGGAUUGCUAAAUGAUGUGUUUGUGCUUGAUUUGGAUGCUCAACAGCCAACAUGGAAAGAAGUCUUCGGUGGAGCACCGCCUCUUCCUCGAUCUUGGCACAGUUCUUGCACAAUUGAAGGCUCCAAAUUGGUUGUCUCAGGUGGUUGCACAGAUGCCGGAGUACUUCUUAGUGACACGUAUUUACUCGACCUCACAAUCGAUAACCCGACAUGGAGAGAAAUUCGAUCUUCAUGGACGCCUCCUUCUAGGUUAGGGCACUCACUCUCAGUCUAUGAGAGGACAAAGAUUCUCAUGUUUGGUGGACUUGCUAAGAGUGGACACUUAAGGUUAAGAUCAGGUGAGGCGUAUACAAUUGAUCUAGAAGCCGAAAAACCACAAUGGAGGCAACUAGAAUGUAGUGAGUUCACUGGAUUAGCAAGUCAAAAUGCUGUUGUACCUCCUCCUAGAUUGGAUCAUGUCGCUGUCAGCAUGCCUUGUGGGAGGAUUAUUAUAUUUGGAGGUUCCAUUGCAGGUCUUCACUCGCCGUCUCAGCUAUUUCUGUUCGACCCUUCCGAAGAGAAACCGUCAUGGAGGAUCCUCAAUGUUCCGGGGCAACCGCCUAAAUUUGCUUGGGGUCAUAGCACUUGUGUGGUUGGAGGGACUAGGGUUUUGGUGUUGGGUGGACAUACUGGGGAGGAGUGGGUUCUCAAUGAGGUGCACGAGUUAUGCUUGGCGACCCGACAAGACUCGGACAUGUGAUCAUGAUGACAUUGAUGAGUGAUCACCUGUAAAAACCAACCGAACUGAAUUCUCUGUAGCCAAUCUAUCCAAAUCUCGAUCGUUGGAUUGAGCUGCAACUCAGAUUCAACGAUCGAGAUUUGAUUGAAUUGGUUGCUAAGGAUCUGGUUAGAAACCAAACCCUAUCUCUUCUCUCAAGACAAGUUUUUGGUUACAGAAGAAAGCUUUUCUUUGGUUUUCCUUCAGCAUUUAGCAGUAAUUGGUUGUGUAUAAACUAUUUUAUAACUGUUAUAUGGCAUUUGUAUCAUCAGAGUUUUUGUUUGAUUUAUGACCCUAGGAAACCUCAGUAUAUCAGAGUUUUUGUCUGCUGUAUUGUAUCAUCCCUCCUUUUUCAAUUAAUUCUUAUAGUAAUUCUUUUAUUAUUAA